GCGGUUUCGUGUUCAUUGCAUACGAUGUCCGCGGCGGUGGUACUGCUACCGCCAACACUACAGUGCGUUCAUUCGUCCAAGGCAUGGAGCCUGCGAUGUACGUGGGACGAAGGGGGUGACAACAUCGUCGCAUACACCGUCGACGUGUUCGCGUGCAGACACAUGCCGCCGUCCAAUCCGUCGGCGGACCUGGUCGAAGGGACCUACGUCUUGCACUCGCUCGACAUUCCGGACGUGGCAGUGUACAGGGCAACGCCGUCGAGUCCGAUUGUGUUCGACAUCGUGCCGCCUCCUCCCGUCCACGGCGUCGUUCUAGCGUACGUUGUCCAGCUCCGUGCAUCUACGGCCAGUGGCCACGUCUGCAGGUCGUCCCCCUGUCCUUUCACCAUCCUUGAGAAGACCGUCACAUGAUGCAUGUCGUCCGUGUAGCCCGCGGUCGCAUGUCCUUCGUGUGAUUGAAUCCGACAUGGACACAAAAGACGUCGUGUUCGCCACACAACAAGCCGGGUUCCUGGCACUUCUCCAUUUGGCACAACAGUAUCCGCAACAUGUGAAUGUGGCUUCCCACGUGGCCGCGGCUAUCGUUCGCAUCAUGCAAAGGCACCGCCAGUCACCAGAACAAGGUCGUUCUGGAGAGGGCUCAUCCUCGGACGACGACGAUGAUGUAUGCGAGCCUGGCGCCAUGCACAACCCCGACGUCGUGUCCGACUUAGUCAACGUGAUGCUCAAGCGUAUGGAAUCGUUCGCGGGCGACGUCAACAUGCAGCGGUGGGGACUCCGCGCAGUCAGUUGCAUCCUCCUUCACGAGCAUGGCAAGUCCCCCGACGCGGCCUUUCAAGGAUUGGCUGGCACGACGUCGACAUAUGUCCACUUGGUGCUUCGAGCUAUGGCCAAAAUGUGUGCGAAUGCGUCCGUGGCCUUGUGGGGCUCGCAGCAACUGACCCAAUUGUUUACGAAUCACCGGCAAUUCAUCAGCGUGAUGGCCGAGCGCGGAGGCAUUGAAGUGUGUGUCGACGUUAUGCGCACACAUACAGACAACUGGCUUAUUCAGCGGUGGGCUGGCCAAGUCGUGCUGUUAUGCGCAUUUUGGGAUGUGCGGUUGCAAGAAGCUGCCAAGGGCGAAGGGCUGUUGCAUCAAUGCAACAGCGUCUUGUGUGCCGUGUCGGACGAGUCUGAUGCAGACAACAAUCCGAUGGUGGACAUCCUCCUCUGCCUACGCCUCGUCAUGGAAAACGUGGGCAAGAUACACGCCACCAACUCCGACCUACUCGUCAGUCGCUACGACGAUGGCACCGUUGCGUCGAUUAUCUCGACGGACAUCAUCCCAAACUCCCUUGGAGGCAAAGUACGCCAUCAAGCGGCCAUCACCAUCACACGAUUCUUCCGCUUCAUUGUCUCGUCAAGGAGGAUGGACGCCGGAGGUGGAAGUUCCCUUCUUGCUGUCCUGAAGCGCGUAUUGGCUAAACAAGGCGACGGUGCCGCCGUUUACGACCUCGGCGACGACUGUUGAAGUUGGAGGAGAAAAUAAAAAAUCGUGGAAUAUCCUUGUUUUGAGUAAUAUAUUUUUCUAAAUGAGAUCGGAU